AGAAGGAAAAAGUUCCAGGGGCUCUUUCUGAGGGACAUUGAAUACCUCCUUUACGCUUUGGGUGACCGUCCUGUGUCGUCAGAUGCCACUGUGCUGUGUCUAGACGACAUCAUGGUGGAGUUUCUCGUGGACCUUUGCCACGAAGUGAUGGGGUACUCAAAGUCCCAAGGACGCUCCAGGGUCAAAAUGAACGAUUUGGUGUUUGCGUUCAGAAACGACCCGUUGAAAUUGGCCAGAUUCGAGUACAUCAACAAGCAGAACUACAGAAUCCAAAAGGCCAAGAAGAUGUUCGAGGAAAAGACAGGCAACUUCGACGAAGAGGGUGGUGGCCUUGGAGGUGGUGGCAUGGAAGACAAUUCCGAUGAAGACGAUGAUGACGACGAG